AUUUCACUAAGUUCUUGACAUAUAGUUUACUCUAAAGCCCAUCUAAUACAGGUAUGAUUUAUCAAUCUGGUUCAUGGAUGUUCUUUCUUUUCUUAAUCAUGAUCAUAGUCUUCAGCAUCUACAAACCAAUUAUUUCAAUAAUCAUCCAACGGUUAAGAAAGGUCAGGUCCAGUGAUGGCGGCAAAGUAACUAAUGCAACACCGGUUUCACUGCUAGAGGUCAAGGUGUUACUCCCUGCCAAAGUGAUAUUCGCCGAUGAAGCCAUUGCAGUGAAGUUUGAUCCAUUCGAAUUGGUUCAACUUCCAAAAACUAGGCUCGGCGAAGGGACCUUGGGGACUCUAUAUAGGGUUGUUCUUAACAAUGGAUCGAUCGUUACAAUGCGAAAGAUCCAAGUGGGAUUGGUAUUGGGAUUGGUUGGUUCAGAUGAUCUUGAGUUAUGGAUCAAGUUUUUUGGAGGGCUGAGAUGUGCUUGGCUUUUGGCAAUGCAGUUUAGUUUCUGGUAUGGUGGGGAAGCUUUUAUCAUACAUGAGUAUCUCUGCUUGGGGAGCUUGGAGGAGCUCUUACAUGGAAGUGAAGGUACUCAAUUCACUCCUUUAAAUUGGGGAGUUCGCAUCCGAAUAGCUCUUUGUGCAGCCAAGGCAGUAGCUUUCAUUCACAAACAAGUCACAAAAAAAGGUUUGGUCCUUGUUUGUGGAGUGAUCAAGUCCUCUAAUGUCUUGAUCCAAUUAGACUUCUCAGCCUGCCUUUCCGGCUACGAAACACCUUACUUAAUAUCCCCAACAACGAUCAUACGCAGAAAUCCAGGCAGGGUUGCACCAGAAUUAACACACCCCCAAUAUAGCCCGAAAGUGUUUACUCAAAAGUCUGAUGUUUAUAGCUUCGGUGUAUUGCUUUUAGAGAUUGUUACUGGGAAAAAACCUACUGUCACCGACUUGGGAGAGUACGUGAAGCAGAAGAGGAAGAAAGAAGGGUUGAGAGGAUUGUACGAUAAGAAAAUGGUUGAUUUAGAGGAAAAUGUGGUUGAUGAACUGCUUGGCAUUGCUGGGAUCUGUCUUCUACAUAAUCCGAAUGCUAGGCCUUCCAUGGAAACAGUGGUGCAGAUGAUUCAACGGUUGCAAGAGAGAGAUUCUCUUUCUUCUCUCUCAAACAAAACUACGAAUUAGUGAGGUGUAAAUGGAUUUUGACUGAUGUCAUUGUAAAAUCAUACCUUUUUUCAUUGCAAUAAAAAGUUUGCACUUUUCACAAUGUGUGCAUGCUCACUCCAUUAAUAUUUAGUGAGUAAUUUAACAUUGUGAUGCAAAUCAAAAUUUGAAAAGAGAAAAUUGGUGAUAAAUCCAAUUUAGAUAGUGUUUAAGGUAUUAAGUACAGUGUAUUUUUUUUAUUU